UGGAAGACUUGAAAAGAGGGAGGCAGUCAAAGAGAGUGGAUAACAUACAGACAGGAUUUCUUUCAUGGGUUUUUUUCAACUUUAGCCAGAAUGCUAAAUUUUAUCAUAUUUCUUUUUUGUCAUUUAUUAUAUUCUCUUUUCUCUUUUUUUACACUUUCUUGGGGUUAAUAAAAGCGACACUAGUUUCUGUGUUCAGAGCCAGCUUUCAUCUUUGUCAGAAAACAGCAAUAAACCACCCAACGUGUGGGUUUCAGAGGCACUACUACUGCUGCCCACACCUACACAAAACUCUCUCUACCUCCAUUUUCAAAAGCUUUUCUCACUGUUCUGAAAAAAUGUACACCUUGUGUCUUGGUUGAUGCAUUCUUUUCAUUCGGUGAUGGGUCUCUUUCUCUUAAGAGGGUCCUAAGCUGAGUCUGACACGGUGUGCGAUAUGUGAUCAAUCUACUUAGAAGUCAGUUGAACUCUUUUCGGCCCAUUUAAUUUUACAACUCAGUUAGCUUUACUAAAUAAGCUCCCGUUUACAUUCAUUUAACUCCAAAAGUAGAGUAAAUGUAGGUUUUGAAGAAUCACCAAAUUACUCGGUUCAAGAAAGACAUGGAGUGUUACUUGGUGAUCAUGGUCCUUAUAUUUCAAGGGUGAAGAAGAAGUUCCCUAUGAGAUCGUCGAAACUAGACAUUCACUGAUUCCUGGUUUCACCUUCAGCAUGAAAUCAGGAUCACAGAAUGGCUGGCAUUCUAUUGUGCCUCUUUGUUUGAAAAGAAGCAAAUCAUCCACCUAUUUUUGCAUGUUUCCAAAAGUGAAGGCAGCAGGCUAUAGUCCAGGCAGUGCACCUGUCUAUUUAAAUGUGUAUGACUUGACAUCUGCCAAUGGAUAUGUUUGUUGGGCUGGUGUUGGUAUCUUUCACUCCGGGGUUGAAGUUUAUGGUGUGGAAUAUGCCUUUGGAGCACAUGACUAUGCGUCAAGUGGUGUCUUUGAGGUUGAUCCUCGGCAAUGCCCUGGCUUCAAGUUUAGGAAGUCAAUUUUCAUGGGUACAACAUGCCUGGAUCCUUUCCAGAUUAGAGAGUUCAUGGAGCGCCAAUCUGCAAACUACAAUGGUGAUACAUAUCACUUGAUUGUUAAAAACUGCAAUCAUUUCUGUGAGGAUAUAUGUUACAAGUUGACUGGGAACCCAAUACCAAAAUGGGUAAAUCGCCUUGCAAAUAUAGGCUCAUUGUGCAACUGCUUACUCCCCCAGACCCUCAAGGCUACCACGGUUCGACAUGACCCCAAUUUCCAAGGAUACGAAAAUGAAAAGAAGAGGCUAAGAAGUGCCUUCAAUUGCUUGUCAUCAAUCUCAAUGCCUCAAAGGGAAGUAUCAAUGUCGUCAUUGUUUCUGCAUUCUCAUUAUAAAGGUUGCUUACCACCAUGGGAGUUGAGAAGGUCUAGAAAUCGCUCGCUGAAGGAAGGGUAAGAGUUUUCUCAUUUCUUUCGUCACUUUCUUAUUCCUGACAAGAACCAACCAUCUUCCACAGCAUUGAGUGACUGCGGCUUUAGGAGGGUAAACUAUGUGCUGUUGUUCUGAUCAAAGUGUAAAAAACGUGGGGAUUCAUCUUCUAUUCAGUCAUGCUAACAAAGUGUUUGUGAAGUUUGCUUAUUGUCUAUGUAAGAUUGUAGUGUGAAUCUUUGGUGUUAGAGCUACUAAGAUGCAGUCAUAGGACUGCAACAUGUUAUGAGAGCAACACAAAUAGAUGGGACAAAUUGUUUUUUUGGAAGUAUAUUAAGUUGUUCAAGUUCUAUUUACGCA